UCGAAAAAAAAAAGCACCCGAUUCAUUUCCGUUCUCUCUGCUCCUCUCAUCUACCGUAAGUUGCAGCCACCUGGUUCCUUCCAAUGGAGAUUGACAUCCCGCUCCCAGAAGAGCUCGAAUUACUCGAAGCCAACUCCCAUUUUUACGAAGAACCCUACCUAGAUCCUCCCUCACCCGAUCCCUUCCCUCCAAAAUCACCACCCUCCGAAAACCUCGAAAUCGAUGGCUCAAAACGCCCUCGGAACUCCGUUGAAACGGAAUCACCACCAGAGGAAAACAAGAGAACCAAAACAAUUGAGAUUGAGGAAGAGGAAGAAGAAGAAAAAGAAAAAGAAGAAGAGGAUUGGCUACGGUACUCGCCGCCGCAGGAGAAUAAAGUUGGGGCCGCAGUUGAAAAGGACGAGGAGGUUUAUUUGUCCAGACAUGUGUCAGCGAUCAACGGCGGCUGCAUGCCCGUCACAGCGCCGAGUGGUGGAGAACGGGUGUAUGCCAAGAUUAGUAGAGCGCAGAGAGAUGAAAUAUUAAAGAAAUUGAAUAUCAAAGAACGAUCUAAUGGCCUUAUUUUUGAACCAGUCAAUGUUCUAUUGCAAAGAGUGGAACAACAGGUUUUAACCAAGGCCUUGCAAGCGAGUUCUGAACAUCAGAGUGAUAUAACUCUUCACGACACACCUAUGGUCCACGAACAACUUUGGGUCGACAAAUAUGCUCCAAGUUCAUUCACUGAGCUUCUUAGUGAUGAACAGACAAAUCGUGAGGUCCUACUGUGGUUAAAACAAUGGGAUUCCUGUGUUUUUGGAUCUGAAAUUAGAAGUACCUCAGAUGAGGUUUUGUCAGCUCUCAGACGUCAUUCUUCUACUCAACAUCAGAAAACUUUUGAUUCAAAUUUUUCAAGAAAGAGCAGAGGACAUAGAUGGAGUAGCGGAAGUUACAGACCCAUUAAUAAUGUGGACCAAGGGAACAAUAAUCAAAAAGGUAUGCAGGAAUUGUGGAACAAAAAGUCAAGGCUCACAUGUCCACCAGAACAGAAGAUUCUCUUACUUUGUGGUCCCCCAGGGCUUGGAAAGACUACACUAGCGCAUGUAGCUGCAAAGCAUUGUGGAUACCAUGUUGUGGAGGUUAAUGCUAGCGAUGAUCGGUCAUCAUCAACAAUUGAAACGAAAAUCCUUGAUGUGGUUCAGAUGAACUCUGUCAUGGCUGACUCGAGACCCAAAUGUCUGGUGAUUGAUGAAAUAGAUGGAGCUCUUGGUGAUGGGAAGGGUGCUGUGGAGGUUAUCUUAAAGAUGGUGUCUGCUGAAAGGAAGUCUGAUUUUGGAAGGGAAAAUAAUGCUAACAAAAAGGGACGUAAAACUGCAUCCCUAUCAAGACCUGUGAUUUGCAUAUGUAAUGACCUAUACACACCUGCCUUAAGACCAUUGCGUCAGGUAGCAAAGGUUCAUAUAUUUGUCCAGCCAACAGUGAGUCGUGUAGUAAGCAGGCUCAAGUAUAUAUGUAACAAGGAGGGAAUGAGAACAAGUUCCAUUGCCCUAACUGCACUUGCAGAUUACACUGAAUGUGAUAUAAGGUCAUGCUUGAAUACUCUCCAGUUUCUCAACAAGAAGAAGGAAGCCCUCAAUGUGAUGGAGAUCAGUUCACAAGUGGUUGGCCGAAAGGACAUGUCAAAAAGUGCUUUUGAUAUAUGGAAAGAGAUUUUCCAAAAAAGAAAAAUGAAGCGGGACAGAAAAUCGAACAGCAGUUCUGGCAGUAGCUAUGGUGAAUUUGACUUUUUACACUCCCUCAUAUCUAACCGUGGUGAUUAUGAUGUAAUUUUGGAUGGGAUCCAUGAAAACAUUUUGCAACUCCAAUAUCAUGAUCCAGUGAUGCAAAAGACAGUCAAAUGCUUAAAUUCUCUAGGUGUCUCUGAUCUAAUGCAACAAUAUGUUAUGCGGACACAGCAAAUGCCCCUUCAAGUUUAUCAGCCUUUUAUUGCAAUUACUUUGCAUCGAAUGGUUGCCCAAGUCCAAAAGCCAAUUAUUGAGUGGCCAAAGUCGUAUCAAAGAUACCGAACAAUGCUAAUGGAAAAGACAGAUAUUCUAAGGUCUUGGCACCAGAAAAUUCCCCCAUAUAUUUCAAGACAUUUAUCGACCAAGUCCUGUAUAGAGGACUUGAUUUCUCCCUUGUUGCAUAUCUUGUCGCCACCAAAGUUGAGACCGGUGGCAUUGCACUUAUUAUCAGAAACUGAGAAGAAUGAUUUGGCCCAAUUAGUUAAUGUCAUGGUGUCCUAUUCGAUAAUCUAUAAGAAUGUCAAGUCUGAUUCUCUGUCCACUAACCUGGGACAAGAAGCAAUUGUAGAUGCCUCAGCACUCUCUUUUGACCCUCCCAUUGGUGAAUUUAUUAAAUACAAGGACUACACAUCAGAUCAUCAUGUACUUGCCUUAGCUAUGAAGCAGGUUUUAUUGCAUGAGGUCGAGAAGCAAAAGAUUUUGCAAGUAAGCAUUGGAAAAUCUGUGCAUACAACAGAUGGAUGCAGCAAUGGAGACCAGAAUUUCAUUGGGAAAGGGGUCAGUGGAGCAAAAUCUGCUAAACCUAUUUGUGAGAAUGCAGUUGCAGGUGCAAAGAACUUUGAAAGUGUGAAGAAUAUAUCCAAUACAAGGCAAGGUUUUCCAAGUACCUCCACAGUUUCAUCAUCUUUAGUUUCUAGCAGAAGUGCCUCCACUGGCGCAAAGCAAAAAUCCACUGCAGAUACCAGGAAGCCACCUAGUGGUUUCAAUUUUUUUGAAAGGUUUAGAAAACCAAGCAGCAAAGGUUCUCAGGAUUCUGAAAUUGCUGAUGUGAAGGAAGUGACAUUGGAAAGAGAUUUGCGCCCUCUGUUAUUCAAAUUUAAUGAGGGUUUUACAAAUGCUGUCAAGAGGCCAGUUCGAAUGCGUGAAUUUCUGCUAAGAUGAAUCUCCAUUCAAGCAAUAUAUAAAUGCUAAUUUCCUGUACUAAAUGAAAUACACUGAUAUUCUUUACAUUACAAAAACUAUAGUGUUUCCUACAAUGUGCUUUUAUAUUGUCAAUUCUCUUG